UAAUGCUUCUUGCCCGACGCCUCUGUGCUGCGACCUACCCGCUCUCCACUCUGCCUUCCAAGCCAUUCUUACAAUCGUCCACAGUCGCCAUCCGGGCCAUCUCAACCUCGUCUUCCGCCGACUUUUCAUAUGAUACCCGUAGCGGCGGCGGUGGUGGCGGGACUUUAGGGCAAAGGCUGCUAAGUCUCAUCUACCCCAAGCGCAGUGCGGUGAUCGUCCUCCGGAAAUGGGCGGAGGAGGGGAAGACGAUACAGAAGUACCAGCUCAACCGUGUUGUUCGCGAGCUGCGGAAACACAAGCGCUUCAAGCAUGCCCUCGAGAUAUGUGAAUGGAUGAGAACUCAACCAGACAUAAAGCUACUUCCCGGCGACUACGCCGUGCACUUAGACCUAAUUUCCAAGGUCCGAGGUAUCAGCAGCUCCGAGAAGUUCUUCGAAGAUCUUCCCGAUCGAAUGAAAGCGCAAUCCACCUGCACAGCCCUCCUCCAUGUUUACGCGCAGAACAAACUGUCGAUCAAGGCAGAACAGCUCAUGAAAGAGAUGAAAUCUCAUGGUUUCCUCACCUGCUGCUUACCUUACAACCACAUGUUAACUCUCUACGUCUCCACCGGCGAGCUCGAUAAAGUACCAGAAAUAAUCAAGGAGCUGAAGAAGAACACCACACCGAAUGAAUUCACUUAUAAUCUAUGGUUGAGUACGUGCGCUGAUAAGUCGAUGUGUGGCGCAGAAGCCGCCAUUGUCGAUAUGGCUAGGUACAAAGUGGCUGGAGAUUGCAUCACAUUCAGCAUUCUGGCCAACAUUUACAUCAAAGCAGGUCGUGCGAUGAAGGCGAGAGAGGCAUUGGAGAAGAUGGAGAGGAGGAUUUCGAGAAAACAUCGAGCCUCUUUCUGUUCCCUGGUAAGCUUGUACGCCGCUCUCUCCGAUCGAGAGAAUCUACGAAGAAUAUGGAGUAGAAUGAAAUCCAUGUUUCGAAAGAUGAGCGAUGAAGAGUACAGAUGCGUUCUCGUCUCGCUCCUGAAGUUAGAUCUUGUUGAUGAGGCCGAAGCUAUCUAUGGCGAGUGGGAGUCUGUUUCAGGAACUCGAGAUUCGAGAGUCUCGAAUGUUCUUCUUGCGUACUACACGAAGAACGAUAUGAAGAAGGCGGAGAACUUCCAUGAGCGCGCACAGAAGGCCGGGAUCGUACCGAGUUAUACGACUUGGGAGAAUCUGGCAUUAGGGUUUCUUCACUUGAAGAAGAUGGAUGAGGUUUUGCGCUGUUUGAAGGAAGCUUUCUCCUGCGUGAAGAAAUGGGAGCCUAACGCUGGGCUUGUGAGGGAGGUGCAGAAAGGAUUUGAAAAUGGUGGUGAUUCAGAAGGAGCGGAGAGGUUCUUAGUGCUGCUUCGUGAUGCUGGAUAUGUUGAGACUGAGAUUUACAACGCUUUGCUGCGCACAUAUGCGAAUGCGAGGAAGAUGCCUCUGAUAGUUGAAGAACGCAUGAGAGCGGAUGGUUUGGAGAUGGACGAGGAGAGCAAGAGAUUGAUUAGGUUGACCAGAAAAUUCUGCGUUGGAAGUGCUGAGAGCUUGAUUUCAUUAUGAGGUAUUUAUUUUCCUCUUUAUUUUAUGAAAAAAUAUUAGGUGCCGACAACAUGGGUGCGGAUUUAGUGAUAUUGUGGUGCAAUACCAUCAAUCUACGUGUGCGAAUCUUACACGUAAUAUUAGAAAAGAAAAAUCUUUA